UACACACUGAGAGAGAGAGAGACAGCUGGAGCAUUACCUGAGCCUGAAACCGACUGCACACACAGGAGGAGGAAGAGGAGGAUGAGGAGGAGAGGGGAGCCGAGGGAUGACGGCGCCACACUCAUCGCCAUGGAAAGCGAGCCGGACAAAAGCUACGGCAGCAUUACCACGAAUGCACCUGUUAAACCGCCAGACAGGAACGUCUUCAGCGACGGCUCGACACGAGUUGAUUUUGUGUUGGUGUGGGAGGAGCCUAUACAUUCUCAGAAGGAGGAGAGCACAGGUGUUAGCCCCACCCACAGCAAGUGGCGGGAGGUGUUUCUGAAUAAACUGCGACUCUCCGGACUGCUGCUGGAGCAGAAAGACGUCCUGCAGACGAAGACGAAGGUCAGUUUCGUGCUGCUCAGCGCUCCGUGGAGCGUCCUGUGUUUCUACGCCGAGGAGAUCAGUCUCAGAGUCCCUCUCCAGGUGGUCACCGCUCCGAUCGUUAACUGGUCCGAGCACUUCCUGUCCCGGCUGUCCCUCCCCAACCCUUUUUCUCAGGACGUUCCGAACCCCCCGCCGGACUACUUCACCUGCCAGUUCAGGACCAACAAGCUGCAGAGGUUUCUGGGGAGCGAGGACAGAGAGACGUUCUUCAAGACGACUCAGAGACACCAGGUGCUGUACGAGAUCCUGGCCCGGACUCCGUACGGUUCGGUGAAGAAGGGCGAGGUGGGAAUCGACCGGCUGCUGAGUGAGAAGGUCUUCUCUGCUGCCUACCCGCUGCAUGAGGGCGGUUUCCAGCCACCGACCCCCCCGGUGCCCCCCGAGUCCUUCGGUCUGAGACAGAUCCUGUACUCGUACUGGGCCACGUGGUCGUCAUGGAGACGCUACCAGCCUCUGGAUCACAUCCGGGAAUACUUCGGGGAGAAGAUAGCGCUGUACUUCGCCUGGCUCGGUUUCUACACCGGCUGGCUGCUACCGGCGUCUCUGGUUGGUCUGGUGGUCUUCCUGUUUGGGUUCUGGCUCGUGGCCACCGAUGUUCCCGCGAAGGAGUUGUGUGACAGCGGGGACAGCUUCAUCAUGUGUCCUCUCUGUGACAUCUGCAACCACUGGAACUACUCCAGCAUCUGUAUCUCUUUCAAGGCCGGUAUCCUGUUUGAUAACGGAGGAACAGUGUUUCUCAGUGUCUUCAUGUCUCUGUGGGCCGUCACCUUUCUGGAGUACUGGAAGAGAACUUGUUCGGCUCUGUCUCACCGCUGGGACUGCUCCGAGUUUGAGGACAUCGAGGAGCGACCGCGUCCAGAGUUUACCGCCAUGGCGCCGAUGACCAUGAGGAACCCGGUUACCGGAGCAGAGGAACCCUACUUUCCUGAAAACAAACGUCUCAACAGAACUCUGACCGGCUGCAUGGUCAUCAUUGUUAUGGUUGCUGUGGUGCUGAUGUUCCUCAUCGCCAUCAUUCUAUAUCGCACUAUCCUGAGCAUCAUCAUCUCCAAGUCUAAAAACUUUUUAUCGUUCUCUGCCGCGAGGAUAGCCAGUCUUUCAGGAUCUGUGUUGAACCUGUUGGUCAUCCUCAUGUUGUCCAAAGUUUACACGUCUCUGGCCCACAUCCUCACACGCUGGGAAAUGCAUCGGACUCAGACUAAAUAUGAAGACAUGUUCAUCCUCAAAGUUUUCAUCUUCCAGUUCGUCAACUUCUAUUCGUCUCCAGUUUACAUCGCCUUCUUCAAAGGCAGGUUCGUUGGUUACCCUGGAAACUACAACACUCUGCUUGGAGUCCGUAACGAAGAUUGUGGAGCCGGUGGAUGUCUGAUUGAACUGGCUCAGGAGCUGCUGGUCAUCAUGGUCGGAAAACAGCUGAUCAACAACAUCCAGGAGUUCAUAUGGCCGAAGUUGAUGUCAUGGUGGCAGAAGAGGAAGAUGCGUCCUCGGCUGAAGGAGGUGAAGGAGGAGGAAGAGGAGGAAGAGAGGGAGGAAGAGGAGAAUGUUUCUCCCUGGGAGGAAGACUACCAGCUGCUGCUCUGUGAGGGACUCUUCAGUGAAUACCUGGAGAUGGUGAUCCAGUUUGGUUUCAUCACCAUUUUCGUGGCGGCGUGUCCUCUCGCUCCACUCUUCGCUCUGGUUAAUAACUGGGUGGAGAUCCGUCUGGACGCUCAGAAGUUUGUGACAGAGUAUCGCCGCCCGGUGGCCGAGCGAGCGCAGGACAUCGGCAUCUGGUUUCCCAUCAUGCAGCUGAUAACGCACCUGGCCGUGCUUGCCAAUGCAUUCCUCAUAGCGUUCACAUCAUCCUUCCUGCCUCGCCUGUACUACGGCUACACAAGAGACAGCACGCUCAGCGGCUUCAUCAACUUCACCCUGGCAACGUCGCCGCGCAACAACAGCCAGCAACACACACCCUGCAGGUAUCGGGGGUUCAGGGAUCAGGAUGGAAAAUACCUCCCUGAGUACUUUCACCUCCUCGCAAUACGACUCGCUUUUGUCAUCGUGUUCGAGCAUGUGGUCUUCUUUAUUGGUCGUCUGAUUGACCUGAUGGUUCCUGACGUCCCCGAGGACGUGGAAGUGAAGAUAAAGAGGGAACACUACAUGGCCAAAGAGGCGCUGGCUGAGAACCAGUCUUUGGGGAAAUUCAUGAUUGAUGGUGAGAAGGAUGUCCUGGCCAGAGAACUGCGACAGCGUGGAUCCGGCGCCUCGCGACCGCCACACACCGACUCCCCGCCACCAAACCUUACAGAGAUACCAGAGGAGCCGGACACACCACACAGCUGCUGAAAUAUUACUCUAUUUAUAUAAUAUAUUAUGACUCUGUGCUGCCGGAUGUCCUCGCUCUACCUCACCGUCCACAUCUCCAAGACUGACCCCAAAUGUCCAGUUCAGUCCAAAGAUUUGCGUCAAAACAACUUGAAAAUUGCAGCUACUUGCAGGUUUCUGAAAGCUGUCAGUUUACACCAAUAGGACAAAACUGUGUAUCAUCUGCAUAGAGACAAAUCUCUGUACUUCUGUUAUAGCUUCAGACUUUUUAGGCUUUUUCUUUCAGGCCAGUUCAGAAUGCUGAAUCUUUUCUUGCCUCAUUGCGAAUCUUAAGGUCUGAACUCAGCUUUAAUGCGCUGACACACCAAACCAAUUAUCGGCCAUUGGACAGUCUGGCGAGGUCGGUGACUUGAGUCUGUUCGGUGUGUUCGGUGUGUUCGGUGUGUUCGGUGUGUUCCGUGCGGUCGUCAGUCAGAGGAGCCAUCGGGUUGGUGUGUCAGAUCCUUUACAGGUCCUACAAGAACUUUGCAAGACCUACAGGAACUACAAGGCUUCUGCUAGAUAUCUAGAGGAUAUACCACACCUGCUGGUUCCGUUGAAGCUCUACACAUCCUACAAGAGCACAAAGUCCACAAGACCUCAAUCUCUACAGGAUCUACUAAGUUUGUGUCAUACCUCGACAUGCUAUGCAAGAGAUUUACAAGAUAUACAACACCUCUUGUCUAAAAGACUUCUAUUAGAGCUCUAAAAGACUUCUGUUAGACCUGUAAAAUACUUCUGACCUUUUUGGUUUUUAAAACACUUUUAACUGUUCUAUACUACUACUAUUACUACUAUGUUAUUCCUUCUAGAAAUCAGAUUUCACGUUUUUUCUAUUUGUAGAGCAGUGGAGAGAACUCGGAGGAAAUGCUACCCUUGGUGUCGCCUGUCUUGAAGCUAAGCACUGCACUCAGAGUUUAAAUGAUUUAAACUUUGAUCUCUGAUAACUCUGAGCUUUCAAAGCGCAACAAGUGAGAUAACAGGAGGGCAUCAAACUGAUUCUUGUCCAACCUGAACCCAGUAUGAUGGGAACCUCUUGUCGUGGCAGCUUAGCUUUCUAUUCAUGUUAUAUUUUCUUUUUUUAUGGCGAGGCAACAAUGUUUUUGCUGGAUAAAAACUCUCAGACAGGACAUUCGUUUACAAACUUGUCUCUCCAUUGUUACCUAUGCUGUGCAUUGAAAAUCCCUCCCGUGACAAAUCACACAGAAGAGAGAUUCAACAAAAAUAACCUUAACAUUUUUAUAUUUUUUUGUUGUAGGUAAUAUAACAGGUAAUAUAACAGAAAUCAAAACAAAUAUCUGGUUGAUAAGUUAAUAUAAAGGCUGAAUAAAGGAUGUUAAUAAACUUUUUACAGGA